AGUGUAUACUAUACCGAACUUCGAAGUUAAAUUAAACGACAGCUAUAUAUAUCAGAAUCAAGUGUCAGUCCAAUAUAAUUUUAGACUUAUACGCUUAUAAUUUAAGUAUUAAUACUCAAUACCACAUCUUUUUAUUUUAUGGCACGUUCAUGCAUCAAGAUUCUAGAGCAAAUAGGAUUAUUUACAGUAUAUCCUAAUCAGUACAUUGUUGUUUUUAAAGUAAUUUAUUCAUAAAUGUACAACUGUUUGCAAAAGUAUAAAAUACAAACUUAAUUAUAACCAGUCUCAUUUUUGUUAAAAGAAAUAAUAGGAGCAGCACAUAACAAGUUACAUGAAUGAUCAGAAUUCAAAAAUGCCAGAGCCUCGUAAGGUUGGUGUUUGGACAGAAGGUGCUCCAUUACAAACAAAAGAACUUAUAAUUCCAAAAAAAUCACUAGAAUCAUUGGAUGAUAUACCUACAUUACCUGAUAUAGAUGAUUUUCAAGAUAUCCUAGAAAAGGAAAUAUCAAAGCCUCCUAUGACUGAGAGAAAGGAUACUGAAACAGCUAAUACUUUAGCUGAGGUCAGUGGUGGGAUUACAUCUUCAGUUGAAGGUAUUGAUGCAGCAUUAGAUGUUCUCAAAACAUAUAUUCCUCACGAUUCAGAUUCACCGGACACUAUUUGGACAAUCGACUCUUUAUUAAUGCAACUCAAUGAAGAAAUUGAUGAUAACUAAUAUUUUGUAGACUCGCUUAAAAUAUUUACAUAGCACCUGCCUUGUCUUAGAUUUUGACUUUAUUUGCCGCCUGCCAGGAUUAGUAAGUUUUCCUUAAUAAAUAAACUAGAGAAAAUUAUAGGACUAAACUUGUACAUAUGUUCCAAUUUUGAUAUGUAUAAGUAAAAACAAAUUUCAAUUCUUAAGAUUUUUGUUAUUUAUUUAAUUGAAUUACUAUAACAUAGUGUAUAGUACACAAACAUCAGCAUAAUUAUUAUGUCUUAUGUACUAAAUAAAUAAAAUCUAAAGAGAGAUCUA